AUGAAGCUCUCCAGCUCCCUCCUCACCCUGGCCAGCCUGGCGCUGGCCAACCUUUCCACAGCCCUGCCCAAAGCCUCUCCUGCACCAAGCACCAGCAGCAGCAGCGCCUCCACCUCCUUCGCCAGCACCUCGGGCCUCCAAUUCAGCAUCGACGGCGAAACCGGUUACUUCGCCGGAACGAACAGCUACUGGAUCGGCUUCCUAACAGACGACUCGGACGUCGACCUGGUGAUGAGCCACCUAAAGUCAUCCGGCCUCAAGAUCCUCCGCGUAUGGGGCUUCAACGACGUCACCACACAGCCCUCCUCCGGCACAGUCUGGUACCAACUGCACCAGGACGGCAAAUCAACAAUCAACACCGGCGCCGACGGUCUCCAGCGCCUCGACUACGUCGUCUCAUCCGCCGAACAACACGGCAUCAAAUUGAUCAUCAACUUUGUCAACUACUGGACCGACUACGGUGGUAUGUCCGCGUACGUGAGCGCGUAUGGCGGAUCCGACGAGACAGAUUUCUAUACGAGUGAUACAAUGCAAUCUGCGUAUCAGACGUAUAUCAAGACGGUCGUGGAGCGGUAUAGUAACUCGUCGGCGGUGUUUGCGUGGGAGUUGGCGAAUGAGCCGAGAUGUCCCAGUUGUGAUACUACUGUGUUGUAUGAUUGGAUUGAGAAGACGAGUAAGUUUAUUAAGGGGUUGGAUGCGGAUCAUAUGGUUUGCAUUGGUGAUGAGGGCUUCGGCCUCAACACCGACUCGGACGGCAGCUACCCGUACCAAUUCGCCGAGGGCCUGAACUUCACCAUGAACCUCGGUAUCGAUACUAUUGACUUUGGCACUCUCCACUUGUACCCUGAUAGCUGGGGCACCUCCGACGACUGGGGCAACGGAUGGAUCAGCGCACACGGCGCGGCAUGCAAAGCGGCCGGCAAGCCCUGUCUACUGGAGGAAUACGGCGUCACCUCGAACCACUGCAGUGUGGAGAGCCCGUGGCAGCAGACAGCCCUCAACACGACGGGCGUCAGCGCAGAUCUGUUCUGGCAGUACGGUGAUGAUUUGAGCACGGGCGAGUCGCCGGAUGAUGGGAAUACUAUCUACUAUGGGACGAGCGAUUAUGAGUGUUUGGUCACGGAUCAUGUGGCUGCUAUUGAUAGCGCGUAG